CCUCUUUCUGCCCUUCUUCUUCCCUCCUAGGCUUCCACCUGUUCUUCACAAUUUUAUGUAUACCAUAUUAGAGAAGCAUAUUUACAGUGCCCCAAAUUAUUCUCCCUUUACAUGUUUUUAUGAAUAAGAUUCUUUUUUUUCUUUGGUAUGGCCAAGUCAAUAAUAAGAAACCUGAUUUGAGCUUACAGUCGUAAAUUUCUCUUUUCCGUUGGAGUUCAAUCAAAUGGCUAAUAAGAAAGACAAAGGCGAAGGGAACGUUUCGGACGAUAAUGAUGGGACCGAGAGCGACGAGGCUCUCUGCAACCGAGUCAUUAAUAUUCUCAAAGGAGGAGGUGACUUAGACAGCUUGAGCUUGAAAGAACUCAAAGCUUAUUUGAGAAACCAUGGCCUCCGUAUCACAGGCACUAAGGCAGUGUGUCAACAGAGAAUUCUUGAACAUUGGGAGAGCGACGAAUCUGUCAGCAAUCGAAUCAUUUCCAUUCUCAAAGAAGGUGGAGACUUAGAAAGCUUAAGCCUGAAAGAACUCAAAACUUAUUUGAGAAACCAUGGCCUCCGUAUCACAGGCACCAAGGCAGUGUGCAUACAGAGAAUUCUUGAGCAUUGGAGUAGAGAAGAAACUGAGGAAGAACAGAAAGAGGAAGACAAAGGGAGCAAUUCGGACUAUAAUGAUGGGAUUGAGGACGAUGAAUCUCUUUGCAAUCGGGUCAUUGCUAUUCUCAAAGAAGGAGGUGACCUGGAAAGCAUGAGCUUGAAAGAACACAAAGCUUAUUUGAGAAACCAUGGCCUCCGUAUCACAGGCACUAAGGCAGUGUGUCAACAGAGAAUUCAUGAGCAUUGGAGUGGAGUUCAAAAUGAGGAAGAAGAGAAAGAGGAAGGGAACAAUGAUCAGACCAAGAACGACGAAUCUCUCUGCAAUCGAGUCGUUGCUAUUCUCAAAGAAGGAGGUGACUUAGAAAGCUUAAGCAUGAAAGAACUCAAAGCUUAUUUGAGAAACCAUGGCCUCCGUAUCACAGGCACUAAGGCAGUGUGUCAACAGAGAAUUCAUGAGCAUUGGAGUGGAGUUCAAAAUGAGGAAGAAGAGAAAGAGGAAGGGAACAAUGAUCAGACCAAGAACGACGAAUCUCUCUGCAAUCGAGUCGUUGCUAUUCUCAAAGAAGGAGGUGACUUAGAAAGCUUAAGCAUGAAAGAACUCAAAGCUUAUUUGAGAAAUCAUGGCCUUCGUAUCACAGGCAGUAAGGCAAUGUGUCAACAGAGAAUUCUUGAGCAUUGGAGUGGAGAUGAAACUGGGGAAGAAGAGGAAGAGGAAAGGAACAAUGUGAACUAUAAUGACCGGACUGAGAACGAUGAUUCUCUCUGCAAUCAAGUCAUUGCAAUUCUCAAAGAAGGGGGUGACUUUGAAAGCUUAAGCUUGAAAGAACUGAAAGCUUAUUUGAGAAAUCAUGGCCUCCUUAUCACAGGCACUAAGGCAGUGUGCCAACAAAGAAUUCUUGAGCAUUGGAGAAUAAAAGAUGGGAAUGCUGAAGCCUUAUAUCCCAAGUCAUCCUUUUUCAUAGAUUGUUCUGGUGAUGUUUGUAAAGGAGAUGUUGUUUUGUUUACUCAGAAGCUUUAUAAGAAGUCCGAUAUGACUAGGCGGCAUGUGAGACUUCUGGAGAAGAGAACUAUUGCAGGAAGGGUUGUUAAGGAAAGCUAUGGCAAAGCUAAACAACAACAUACAUUUACGGUUGAAGUAUUAUGGAGCAAGGGGACUAAGAAAUUUCCCCCAUUAUUUCCUUUGCUCGUAAAGGGUCGUAACCUUUAUAAAUCGAGAACUUGCAGACAGCGUUGGUGUGAUGAGGCUGAAAGAAGAAAUGUACUUGCUGAGAAGCACAAACGAGGCAAUGCUGCAAGACUGGUAAAAGAAAUAGAAAGAAUAAGGGUCCUAAAGGGUCGUAACCUUUACAAAUCAAGAACUUACAGACAGCUUUGGUGUGAUGAGGCUGAAAGAAGAAAUGUAUGUCCUGGGAAGCGCAAACGAGAGGCUGAAAUAAGCAAUGUUCGUCCUGGGAAGCGCAAACGAGAGGCUGAAAGAAGAAAUGUUUGUCUUGGGAAGCGCAAACGAGAGACUGAAAUAAGAAAUGUAGGACCUGGGAAGCGCAAACGAGAGGCUGAAAGAAGAAAUGUAUGUCUUGAGAAGCGCAAACGACACGCUGCAAGACUGGUAAAAGAAAUAGAAAGAAAAAGGAAGUGGUCUGCUGAUGUUGGUACAAAACACCCAAGGCAUUCACAUCAAUCAAGACCAUUGAAAAACAGAGAAGCAACUGAACCUGAGAGGGGAAGGAUUGACGUGACACACACAAAAGAACUUACUCCAAGGUUAUGGUAUACACAUAAUGUUUACCAAGUGUCUUCUCCAGUUGGACAACUGAAAAAGAAGCAAAAGUCAAGGUUAGUAACGGGACCAGCAGUGCCUAUUUGUAAUCAUUGUGGUAGGAAGCAUUCAGGAGCAUGUAGGAGGCUUUUAGGAUGUUGUUUCAGGUGCGGUUCCAAAGACCAUUUCCUUAGAUGCUGUCCUGGGAAGCUGAGUGCUACCUCUGUACCAUCCGAGGGGCUGAGUGAUACCUCUAUGCCGUCUGAGAGGCCUACUUCAAAUACUAAGCAAUAUGGUGAUAUAUGUACGGGGGCUACCUGUGUACUGUCUGUGAGGCCUAUUCAAAGAACUCGGCAAGAGGGUGAUGUUGGUACAAGUGCUGCCUCUGUACUGUCUGAGAGGCUGAGUGCUAUGUAUGUACCAUCUGAGAGGCCGAGUACUACGUAUGUACCAUCUGUGAGGCCCACUCCAACAACUCAGAAAGAUGGUGAUGUUGGUAUGGGUGCUACCAGUGUACCGUCUAAGAGGAUGACUGCUACCUCUGUUCCCUCUGAGAAGCCUACUCCAACAAUUCAGCAAGAUGGUGACGUUGGUAUGAGUGUUACCUCUGUACCUUCUGAGAGGUCUACUCCAACAACUCAGCAAAAUGGCGAUGUUGGGACGAGUGCUACCUCCGUACCAUCUGAGAGGCCAAAUGCUGGAGGGUUAGUAGGGGGAUCAUCAGUGCCCAAGUGUGAUUAUUGUGGUAGCAGGCAUUCUGGAGAAUGUUGGAGGAUGUUAGGAGCAUGUUUCAAGUGUGGGUCUAAAGAUCAUUUCUUUAGAUUUUGUCCUGGGAGGAUUAGUGCGACCUCUGUACCCUCUGAGAGUCCUAUUCUUACUACUCAGAGAGGUAUGAGUCCUGGUAACAGUGGUAAUACAGGGGGAAAGCAGAGAGUUGCGAAGGAAGAAAAACCUGUUCAUUCCAAUGCUGAUCCUGUCCUAAAUUCUUAUCAACCUCAACAAAACUUUCAUCACCAGAGUGCUCCUCACCAGUUUGCCGGCAAUGCUAUUGGAUCCACUUUUCAUCACCAGAGUUCACCUCACCAGUUUGCCGGCAAUGAUAUUGGAUCCACUUCAAGAAUGGUAAGAUCAUUGCCUUACAGACCUUGUAUGGAUCCACAAUAUCAGGGGUUCAGCAAUCCCUAUGUGAUGAAGUUGACAAGCUCUUGUAAAAUAACAUUCUGCAGCGAAGGCAUAAUAAUGGAUUGAAAAAUAAAACAUUUUCACUCUGUUUUCA